AUGAUGCCUGCCGUCAGUUUGGGCUGUUGGGACCUGAAAGGCGAUGCUGAUUCCACUCCCAUAGCAGUCAAGGCUGCUUUGGACGAGGGCUACUACGCUCUGGAUGACGCACAGAUCUACGGUAACGAACAUGUUAUUGGACCUAUAGUUGGAAGCUUUACUAAAGACCAGAUGAAGGCUGUCGCCAAGUUCGACCCUACUCAAGACGGAACGCCCUUCAAGGUCGUCUCGGAAGACAAGUUUCUGGAGUCGUUCGAAAAGCCGCAUGGUAAGCCUGAAGACGACCGUGCCGUGUUUGUGACUACUAAGAUCUGGUGCACCAAAUUCACUCCAGAGGGGAUACGGGCCCAAGUCGAACAGCAUCUGAAAGACUUCAAGCGAUCCUCAAUUGAUCUCCUACUUCUUCAUGUUCCUGGGGACCAUUAUUUAUGGGCGAAGGAUGAGAAUUCUGUACAUGACCCGCGAAACGCUGAGACCAGGAUCAUCUGCUGGAAGACUUUGGAGGCGUUGUACGCAGAAGGAAAAGUCCGUUUGAUUGGAGUAAGCAACUACAUGGCGAAGCAUCUGCAACCCUUAAUUCAAGAUAUCGAAAAGAGGAAAGCAGCUGGGGACAAGCACGCUCGGCUCCCUUUUGUUAACCAAAUUGAGAUCUCAGCCUUCUGCCAGGUUGGCGACGAACUUGAGCAGCUGUGCAAGCAGAACGACAUCAUAUUCACGUCUUACAGUUCCCUGGGCAGUGCGAAAUGUGUGGCCGAAUAUAUGGCACACGAAGUUAUUCAAUCGACUGCAACGAAACACAAGGUCACGGCUGCCAAUGUUCUUCUCCGUUGGUGCCUUCAGAAGGGUUACAUGAUUCUUCCCAGAUCCACUAAGGCAGAACGUGUGAAAGAGAAUUACGGUCCUACUAUGAGUUUCAAGCUGGAUCAAGAAGACAUGGAAGCCAUCUCGAAACUUAACACAGGAAGGAGAGCUCUUUUAGACCCUCAUGAGAUCGCUUAA